GCCGCUGGCGGCGCUGCCGAGCCCCGCAUCCCGCUCUGCCAGAAGAUGUGAAAAUGGCGGAGCUGCAAAUGCUUCUGGAGGAGGAGAUUCCAGCGGGACGAGGCGCCCUUCUGGACAGCUUCACCAACUUGGAAAGAGUAGCGGAGUACUGCGAAAGCAACUAUGUCCAGUCUCCAGACAAGCAGAGGGCGCUGGAGGAGACCAAGAACUACACGACCCAGUCCCUGGCCAGCGUGGCCUACCUGAUCAACACGCUGGCCAACAACGUGCUGCAAAUGCUCGACAUCCAGGCGUCGCAGCUGCGCCGCAUGGAGUCCUCCAUCAAUCACAUCUCGCAGACGGUGGACAUCCACAAAGAGAAAGUAGCGCGGCGAGAGAUCGGCAUCCUCACCACCAACAAGAACACCUCGCGCACGCACAAGAUCAUCGCCCCGGCCAACCCCGAGAGGCCCGUCCGCUACAUCCGCAAACCCAUCGACUACAGCUCGCUGGACGACAUGGGCCACGGCGUCAAGUGGUUGCUAAGGUUUAAGGCCAGCGCUCAAAACAUGAAAACCGGAGGAGGCGCCCUCCCUCGCACCAACCCCCCCACACAGAAGCCCCCCAGCCCGCCCAUGUCGGGGAAGGGGACCCUCGGGCGCCACUCCCCCUUCCGGACGCUCGAACCGGUGCGUCCUCCCGUCGUCCCUAACGACUACGUCUCGAGCCCGACGCGCAACACGGCGCCCCCCCGGCAGAGCCCCGCACGCACCGCCUCCGUUAAUCAGAGGAACCGCACGUACAGCAGCAGCGGGAGCAGCGGAGGAAGCCACCCCAGCAGCAGUCGCAGCAGCAGCCGAGAGAACAGCGGCAGCGGCAGCGUGGGCGUGCCCAUCGUCGUGCCGACUCCCGCCCCACCCACAGUCUUCCCAGGUUCAGCCCCUCUCCCAUCUAACACGGCCAAAUCUCCCCCUAACACCGCCACCACCCCCGGGCCACCUCCUUCCGUCCUAGACAGCCCACAACAGGUCCCUAACCCCUCUGUAGAGAUCCCGCCUGUGCCCCCACCCCCUCCUCAGCUUCCUGCCUCCGUGGCCCCCUCAGGCACCGGCCCCGCUUCUUAUGGCAACCCCGCACAAGGAGUCUCCGCCGCCCCCUGGCGUCGCCCGUCCCCAGGCGCACCUCAGUUCUACAGCACAAACCGCCCGGCGCAGCAGCAGGAGCCCCAGAACCCCCAGGUCGGGGGGUCCCUACCGUUCCGCCGGCCCUCGUCGGUCACGGGCCGGCCCGACACGGCCCACCCCAACCACAGCCAGCCGAACGGGGGUCCGCACUUUGCCCAAAACCAAGUUUCGGACCCGCCGCCGCCCGCCGACGAGCCGGAGUUCGAGGAGCCCGGCCCGCCCCCGCCUCCGCCCGAGGACUACGAGGACGAGGAGGAGGAAGAGGAGUCGGCGGUGGUGGAGUACACAGACCCGUACGCCGAGGAGGACCCGCCAUGGGCCCCGCGCAGCUAUCUGGAGAAAGUGGUGGCCAUUUACGACUACACCCGCGACAAAGAGGACGAGCUGUCCUUCCAGGAGGGCGCCAUCAUCUACGUCAUCAAGAAGAACGACGACGGCUGGUUCGAGGGCGUGAUGAACGGCACCACGGGUCUCUUCCCUGGAAACUACGUGGAAUCCAUCAUGCACUACGCCGACUGAGCGGCCCUCUUCCGACGGGAGCGGGCGGAGCCUCGGAUCGGACGGAGCGAAGCCGCUCUAAAGGACACGACAAACCGAGGUCGUCGUUCGGACAUAGCCGUCGCCACGGCAAAACGACC